AUGGCUCAUAGCACAGGCUCCCAGUACUCCCUGCACUCAUUGACAGACGAUAACAAAUCAUACAGUUCCUCUCUUGAGCAGCCUUAUGUGUCCGAACCUGACUACCCCACCCACCCCAUAAUUAGUGACAUGUUUUACGGAACCUUUCCGAGUUAUUACAUAGAUGAUGAGGACGAUGAGGAUGAUGAUAGGGAAUAUUUUCUUAGGAAAGAAUCAAAAAUCGGUCAAGAUCCCAAACCAGACGAAAAUGAAACGGACAAUGUCGAAAAUAAAACGGAGGAAAUCGAAAAUAAAACGGCGGAAGUCGAAAAUAAAACGGAGGAAGUAGGCAACCCGAAUAAAAUGUUGACUUUUUUUCAAGUGGUUAUGAUCAUCGUUCUUUUGUUGCGAUUAGGAAGGAAGCGCUGCGUGAGGCUAAGGAGAAAGCACGAGGCGAGGAAGCAUCUAUUAAAAUACCUGGACAAAGUGAACACCAAAAUUAAAAAGGACGAUAGUAAGAUGCAAAACAAGUUAAAAAAAAUGGAGGCAAAAAUCAAAAGGGAAGAAAACCAAAUGGAGGAAAAAUGGAAAAAAAGAACACAAAGAACCAAGGAUAAAAUAAGCAAAAAACCAGCGAAAGUCACCUUGCCUGGUAUAGGCCCAUACUACGACAAAGAUAAAGUCCUUAUGGAUAAAAAAAUGGACAGUUUAGAUGUCCAUUAUGAAAGGGAUAAAUAUAGGAAGAAGAGGCGAUGGGGUAUUAUGAAAUCAAAUUAUCAUAAUGAUCUCAAGGAGAUGCAAGAUAAACAAGAAAGGAGGAAACUGAAGAAGUGCCAAAAAAUGUAUAAGUUUGAAAAGGAAUGGAAUUUUGGACCCAAAACAAUGAAAAGGUACUUGAAACAGAAAGAACGAGAAUACGAUUAUGCUACAAACUAUGGUAGGAAUGAACAGUUAAAAAGAGAAGAGGAAAAGAAGGCGAAGUAUGAGGCAAAAGGGGCAGAAGCGGGUGAAGAAGAGGACGAUGACGAAAAUGAUGAGGAAGAAGAGGAAGAAGCAGAUAGAGAAAACGAAGAUAACGAAGAGUAUGAAGAAGACUAUGAGGAAGAAGAAUACGAAGAAGAUGAAUGCUAUAAUGGAGGUAGGAAUUAUAAUGAUUAUGAUUAUUAUGAUCACGAAGAUUAUGAGGACUAUUAUUUUAAUAGUUACGAUGAUGGAUAUUAUGAAGAUUUUGAUCAUUAUUACGACAAUUACCCUCACGGCAGUGGCUACUACGACAAUCAGUACUAUUAG